UUUUUUUUUUUAUUAUUCUUAUACCCAUCAUGUCAUCCGUAUACACGUUUCGAGGUGGAAAGCGAUUAGGCAUGGUCACCUUAUUAUUGACUUGUCUAUUUUUAUAUGUAUUUUAUCAAGGUAUCUCACCACAUAAUAAUAAUAAUAAUUUAUGUCACAACACUCGGUCACUGAAUUCUCAACAAGUGAUGAUAUGGAAAGGACAUGACAGUUUAUCAUCACCUCCUCAUUAUCGAGAUCUCAAUGCUUUGAAUGCCACUUCUGAUGCUCUUCAGAAUCAAGAACAUAUAUUGGUAUUGACUCCUCUCUUUACAAAAGAUACUGCUAAACAUUUAUCGACGUAUUUUGACCUAUUGGAUCGAACCAGUUAUCCGAAUCAUUUGAUAUCCAUUGGUUUACUUGUCUCUUCCAAUAUGGACACACAAGAAGAACAAGAAGGGAUGAUGCUCACCUUGGCUACUGAAAUCCAACGGUUACAACAACGAUGGUUCCAUGCCUUCCAUGACAUCACAGUCUAUCAACGCGAUUUCCAUUUUGAUUUUGGAGAUCAACCAUUCAAACUCCAACCCUACCGACGGUCGAUCAUGGCGCGGGCACGGAACUAUUUGCUUUCAGCAGCAUUACAAGAACAUCAUAGCUGGGUAGCAUGGAUAGAUGUGGGUCUGGUGGAUUAUCCUUUGACGAUCUUUGAAGACCUGAUGGCACAUAAUAAGGAUGUGAUUGUACCUAACUGUUUGGUAGCCACCCAAGAUGGAUCCUUUUGGGCAUACGAUCGCAACAAUUGGCAAGAGACCGAUGGUUCUUUACGGUUCCAGCGUAUGGUGGGCGAAGACUUUGUCAUGUUGGAAGGUUUCAAGGAAUUAGCUACUGGUAGAACAUUGAUGGUCGAUAUGCCAACUCAUUUGGGUCAUGAUCAUCUCGUGGAGCUGGAUGGGGUCGGUACUACUUUUACUUUAGUCAAGGCCCAAGUACAUCGUGAAGGCGCCAAUUUCCCUAGUUAUCCAUUACAACAUCAAGUUGAUGCCGAAGGUUUUGCUCGAAUGGUGCAUGCUAUGGGUUAUGGUAUCUAUGGUAUUCCCUCUUAUCUUAUUUAUCAUUCUCCUGCUUAAUCAUUAGUAUCCUUCUUUAGAUAUACCUAUUAUUUAUGAUGAUGAUUCAUCCUUUAUUAUUAUUCCAUUGUUACACUAUUCUUUUUUAUUCUUUUUCUUUUUGAGGAUCAUCGUCUUUUUUUUUUUUUU